UCGCCUCCACGUCUCCCCUUACCCCUCGGACUAGAGUUCCUUUCCCCCUUUGUUUGUUACCGGUAUUUUUUCCUCACGUGACUUGCGGGGCGGGCCCCCGCCUGGGGCGGGGGUUACUGGGAAGCUUCCGCCCUUCGACCCCUGCGGGUCCUGGGUUGCGGGGUACCUUCCCGAGGCCCUUUGCUCUCCCAGCGGCUGCGUGCCGGCUUUGGGCCCUAGCCCCAGAUACUCCCUGCGGAGGGGACGUUCCUUUCCCGGGUUUCAACAGGUACUUAGCGGGUCCGUGGCGACCCCCCGGGGGUACGGGGCUGUGGGCCGCUGAGGCCGCCCCGAGACGACCCCGGGGCUGCUGCCUGAUUCCCGGCCGCGAGCCUCUCGAGUGAGGCUGCUGUCCAUCAGAAGGGAGCUUUUGUACCAUUUGCCUUCAGACAGUCUAUCUGCAUGUUCUAGAGUUUUAUUAUUCAAAAAAUAAAUGUCGCUUAUUUGAUUGAAGUGGUGCCAUGCAGCAAGAGGCAGAGAGAUGCAGAGUUCGAGCCAGAAGGCCUGACAUGGCACUUUAUGUACCUAAAGCUCGAAGGGGUGUAGUCCUCCUUGAGUCAGGUGGUAAGGAAAAAAACUCUGGUCCAUCUAACUCCAUGGUGAAAGAGGAACAAAAAGAAGAUUGUCUUUCCCAAAAGGAGAUCUUUAGAGACAAACCUGCAGCUCAAAGACUGAGUAUUAAUCCUGAUAAAAAGGAGCACAAUCACAGGAAAGGACAGAAAUCUUCAACAAAGUUAAGAAAAGAUGCGUGCCUUCAAGAAAGAAAGAAAGAUAGGAUUUGUACUAAGAAGGGAACCACAGAAUCCAAAGAAGUAUUAUCCCAAGCACAUCAGCAAAGAGGCCCAAAUCCUGGGAUUGUACCUAGUGUAUUUUUACAAAGACAUUUUAAACCAAAGAAGGUGCAGUGUUUUGAGAUUGGAACCACAGACGUGACAGGACAGGAGAGGUUGUUUGUAUCUCAGUCUUGUUCAGAAAUCAGUGAAUCUCAGGUUCUAAACAAACCAUUCCAAAAUGUGGAAUUCUGUGAUUUCAGUGGGCACGAACUAAGUGGGGAAACAUUUGAAGACAGAGAUUUGGAAAGCAGAAUGGAAACUGAUACUACAGUUGUGGAGAUACUAUCCCAGUUUCCUGGAGUUUUUAAUUCUGUGUUGAAAGCUGAGAGUAUGCUUGCACCGAUAAAACUAAGCUCUGAUUCUGGAAUUGUACAACAAGAUAUGCAAACAGCAGGUGGAAUGUUGAAGCUCAGCAAUGGAGGCAUCACCACUGUCUCCGUUCCUGGAAGUCCAAAAGAUGGUGUCACUGAGCAAACUUUUGUAGACUUUGAAGCUGAGAAUGUUGGUGAUGUAGCCAACAGUACAGAUUUCAUCUUGGGUCAGAAAGGUAUAGAUUCCAUUCCUGAGACUAUGGGUCACAUCUCUCAUAAAAUGACUAUCGUCAGCAAAUUAGAGAGCACAAAUGGCAUUUUUGAGCCAACAAUGAUUAGAGAGUGUGAGGAGAAUGACAGCACUACUGAUGAAUUAUUUGUAAAGUAUGAACCUUCUGAUACAGCCGUCCUUGCUCAUGAAUCAGGUACAGAUAAUGGGUCUAAGAGUGUAGGUGACAUUACCAAUAAGGCAUGUGUGAUGGACAUUACAGAUGUCACAUCUGAUCAAGUAACUGUAGGCAGCCCUUGUGUAGUUGCAGUUAGAAUAGCUGACGAGGCCUGUAGCAACACAAGUAGUUUCUCAAAAUAUCUAGAAAUGAGUGCAGCUACAGCUCCUUUUCAUGUAGCUAGAAGUGGGAAUGACACUGAACACUUCAGCAACCUGACUGCUUGCUCAGAUAUUUAUGCUGAGAGUAUUUCAUCUGGUUUCACUGAGUCAACAGGAAAGUUGAUAGAGAGCUUGUCAGAUUGUGCUUCCUCCUUACCUAUAAAGAAGAUUGCUGGUAGUAGUUGUAACAAUUUUUUGGACUCUGAACUCAGUAUGUUAAAUGGGACAAAAGUACUUUUAGACAGUGCCUUGGGCAAUGAUCUAGAUUGUACUGGUGAUAUAACAAAGACAUUACUUGAACUAAAAACUGCUGAAGAGUUCGAAACAAAAGAGGAAGAUGACUCGGAGAAUACAGAAUUUGGUGUAUCCUUUCCUGAUACAGAAUCAGUGUCUGUGGAAACAUCCAUGGAACUGAAAGCAACUGAAGCUUCUCAUGUUGAAGGAAGUGCUGCUACUGAGGAGAGCUGGGAGUCUAUGUUUAAUGAUGAUGGUGACUGCCUGGAUCCACGUCUUCUACAAGAGUUAUCAGGGAAUAUGAAGAAUAGAGAAAGCAUCCAGGAAUCUAGAUUUGAUUAUUACAACUAUGAAGUUCCUGAUAUUGACCUCAGUGAUUGUGAAUUCCCACAUGUCAUUGAAAUUUAUGACUUCCCCCAAGAAUUUCGUACUGAAGACCUCCUACGGGUUUUCUGCAGUUAUCAAAAGAAAGGAUUUGAUAUUAAAUGGGUGGAUGAUACACAUGCCCUAGGAGUAUUCUCCAGUCCAAUUACAGCUCGUGAUGCUCUCGGAAGUAAACAUGCCAUGGUGAAGACCCGACCCUUGUCACAGGCCACGAGAGCAGCCAAGGCCAAAGCUAGAGCUUAUGCCGAGUUCCUCCAGCCAGCAAAGGAGCGUCCUGAGACUUCAGCAGCCUUAGCCAGAAGGUUAGUUAUCAGUGCCCUUGGGGUUCGAAGUAAGCAGAGCAAAACUGAACGGGAAGCAGAGCUCAAGAAAUUGCAAGAAGCCCGAGAGAGAAAACGGUUGGAAGCCAAGCAACGGGAAGACAUCUGGGAAGGCAGAGACCAAUCUGCAGUUUGAACAUCACUCAAUGAAGGGGAUAAUCCCAUGAAUUCAGAAAAUAUUUCCAUAGUCUUCAGAUAAGAGAAUGCUUCCAGAGCUCUGUGUACAUGCAAAUGUGCAUGUAGGUGAAAGAAAGAGAUAAAACAAUCAAGACAAGGAUUGACUGGGUAUAGAAAGAAGAUGGACUCCUGUCUGUCUUCACUCCUAAAUGCAAUUCUUUGGAAUCACUUUCCUGUUUGGGGCAUAGAAAGGAGCCAUCAGCUAGGAAGAAACAUGGAAGAUGUGACUUCCAGGAGUCAUCUGGACAGGGCAAGUCAUGUUAGCAUGGGUCCCACUUCCAAGAUGUUUUAAGCAAAUACAACAGAGGAUUCAAACCUGCGCUGAUGGGAGAUUCAGGCCCUGCAAGGGCAGGGUGUUCCUUAGUACCUCACAAAACUGAGAACAGCAAUAUUGCAGGGGAGAAGGGGGCACAGUUAGUACGAAGAGACAGAACAGUGUCUGGUGUACUUGAUAUUCACAGAAUCUACACUGCCAGUUUCAGAACUCCAGAGUUGGUGAACUGUAGCAGAUAAGGGUAUUUGGACUCCAGAGUUUGUACUGAGCUGAGUGCCUGGGGCUGCUCCAGCUGCACAGCAGCCACGGGCAUGGCAGCUUCAUUCCUCCUAGGAAGCCAGUCUUGGGAGCUGCCUGCCAGUUCCAGUUUAAGCAGUACUGGAUGUUGUAUGAGGGAGAUAUUAAAGCCCAUUUUAUGACAUA